UUUUGUUGACACCCAGCGGGCAAAAUGGCCGAGGCCAAUACAAGUGAUGGAUCCGCUGGAGACAGUGAUCAAGACUUUGAUCCUUCCGCUGAGAUGCUUGUUGAUGAUUACGACGACGAGAAGACUCUAGACGAGGAGGAGGCUUUGGAGAGCGACGACGCCAGUGACGACGAACUGAACACACUGCAAAAAGAAAGCGACAUGCCACUAGAAGACCUUCUUGCCAUGUUUGGGUACAAGGAUGGAGAACGGGUCGGUGGUGAGCCCGAGUCCGAGUAUGACGAUGAGUCAGAUGAGGAGGAAGAGGACGACGACGAUGUUGCCUCGGAAGUCCCAGCGGAGAGUACUGCCCCGAAGGUGGCAGCAGUGGACAAGCCAGUAAUGGAGGCACCAAAAAAAGAGCCGGUGCCAAUGCUGGCACCUAAGGAGGCACCCUCCUGCGCUGCCACACCCACCCUGGCACCGCCACCAUCUGUCGAGUCCAAAGUGGCGACGACCAUGAAGACUCCGUCCCCCGUCACCCGAGCUACACCCACGCCUCCCCAGCCCCCACCGAGGCGUGAGCACCGGACUACAUCCACUGCUCAUCUCCUGCGAUCUGUGUCUCAUGCGAGUGAAUCUUCAAACUCGGACUCCGACGAGGACUUCACGCUCGAGGAGUACUGGAAGAAGAACUCAAACUUCAGCGAUGUCAACAUACUGGGACCAGCGUAUGCAAGAGUUCCACAUCAGACGAUACAAGUUGGUUCAGAAUACCAAGCCACCAUUCCUGUUGGGCUCUGUAAAUAUGAUGAUGCACCAGCUUAUGAAAAUGAAGACCGAUUGCUCUGGGAUCCUGCCAAGCUCUCGGAUAGCGAUGUGGAGAAGUACCUCAGCUCGGCUCAGGAGCCGACGGCAAACGCCAUGGAUGGCAUGAACUCGUUACCAUUGGGAAGCCACACGAGAGAUGAUGAACAGGCUCUGUACCUGCUGCUGCAAUGCGGACACAACAUAGAAGAGGCACUGCGGAGGCGGCGUAUGAACCCUACCAUACCAACAAUGGGACAGAGUGUCUCACUGCGUGAUCCCUUUCCCACAGAGAUGAGCCUCUGGUCCGAGGAAGAGUGCCGGAGCUUUGAGAGCGGCCUCCGGUUGUAUGGCAAGGACUUCCACCUCAUCCAACUUCACAAGGUCCGCACACGGUCAGUCGGUGAGCUCGUGCACUUCUACUACCUGUGGAAGAAGACGGAGCGGCACGACAUCUUCGCCAGUAAAGUGCGCCUCGAAAAGAAGAAGUAUGCCCUGCAUCCAGGAACCACGGACUACAUGGAUCGCUUCCUGGACGAGCAGGAGAAUUCCCAACAGCAGCAGUCACAGCUACAGCCGCGCGAUCGGUCCACGAGCCCCAGCGAGGCAAAGCGACCAAGGCUUGCACUGCCCAUGCAGCUCACGAGUCAGCUGGUGGGUCCCCAGGAGAACGGUCGGGAGGCGUCCUCUGCCGCGACUUCGCUGACGCGACCUGCCGACCCAACGCGCGAGAAUGGCCGCGACCGGCUCUGGGCGGCACCGGGAAGUUCGUCGGACGAAGAUGAUCUCCCGCUUAUCGCCACCACUGCGAGACCGGCUCUCAGCAAGGUGGCGGUGACGGCAACAGCGACGGCUGUGGCGCCGAGUGGCAAUGUUGUACAGAUUUGCAAGAUUGAUGCUGUCACGCCUGACUGCGCACCAUAAACCGGUUGUUGCAGGUCUUGAACAAGAUGGCAGCCGCCAGUCUGGUCAGCUCGGUGUCCACAACACAGCCCGUCAUUGGGGCGGCCGAACGACCACACCCAAUGGCUCCUGAUGAGUGACGUGGCAGCAACAGUCGCUGGUGUUCAUGCGCAGAAUCUCUGCUCCUUCGCCAGCUCACCCAUUCCUCCAUCACACGUCGAGAGUUCACAGAGAUAAAAAACAUCACUGAACUGGGACCAAAAAAUAAGCGCUUUCGCAGCGUGAACAGCGUUUCGUGCCGUGAAAAACUGCUCCAGUGCUGUGCGGGUGGAGCAUUUCGUGCUGUGCCCUCUGGUGACAAGUGCUACAGUUGCUCUUUACUUAACGUGCAGUCUGCAGGGACAUGCGCCCACGUAAGACGGCAAGCGGGGGGGAAGGGAAGGCUUGCGUAAUGCGAUGUGUGUUUUAUAGUGUGGCUCCUGUAGCGCCAGUCUUCGUUGCAGCAGCGUGUAGCAUUCUACGCUAUCGCGGUGAAACACGUGGACCGCUUUCGUGCUGCUUACUUAGUCUGCUCGGUCGAGGUUGUAAAGGUAAGGUGAAGCUGGUCAUGUUUAUGUCUUCUAGAACAUGACUUUAUCAGGUUAAACAAAGGUGACACAUAACAGAGUAUGAUCGUGCUGAGGCACUGUGCUGCCUCCUGAUUGAAGUGAACAGUGUACUUUGGUAGUUCUGAUCGGGUAAUUCGUGCAGGUGCGUUUGUUUGGUAAAAUGCAGGUGCGCCUUCAGUGCCGCACGUUAUGAAAUCUCACUGCGGAAUUUGCCUCUGAAUGUUUUAAAAGAACACAGGCCGCUUCGGUAAAGGGAGUCGGUGUCACCCUAGAAUUGCCGUAGUUGAAGGGAUUAUUACAAGAAAUAAUUUCUGAAUGGCGAAAGCUUGUGGUAUUGGCUUUUCUAAACUGCAUAUGUAAAGUGGUACAAAUGUUGAAAUUGGUUCGCAUUGCAGGUGGCGUAGUAAGACUGUGUGCUGAACAUGACUGCUGGUGUGAAUGUACUAAUUGGCUUGACAGUCAUGACCGCUUCCUUUAACAGUUGUACCUUGCCGUGGGAUAACAAAACGUCUGGGUUGAGAAGCAGGCAUUUGUUUUCCUAAAUUUUUGCUCGGGCAUCUGUACUAGGGCCAAGGUACUGAAACAUUCUGAACCAUCAUCUCAUGUGCUGAGGGGACGUCUGCCGCUUUGCCGAGAUUCGAGGCAUGCCCCACGUUACGUUGUUGGACAAAGGUUUUCCGGACGUACUGUCGUCGCGUGAGGCUGUCGACAUCAGAGGCAACGCAUUGGGUCGUCCAGUCAUCGAAGCCAGAGACUUCGUGCGACGAAGCCAACUGUGUCAAUGUGUCUAUCGCUCGGUUGCCGCAGCAAGCCGAGCUUUUCAUCCCACAGUGAGCGCGAGGAACGUCAUUUGCCAGAAAGUGCCUUUUGCACACAUGCCACCGCUGACCGAGUUAGAGGGCUGUAUGUGCGCGUGUGCAGAGUUUAAAACCCGAAUUAGGUGUGGUGCAGUGUGGGGGAAAUUCACAUCAUCCGCUAUGGGUGUUUUGAAGGGUACGAGACGACCCUUUCCCUUACCGUCGACCUUGUUUCGUUGCUUCAUUUUGCUACUUCUAAAAUUACCAUUGUGUACCAUGUUGUAGCAUAGAUGAAGUACCCAAAGAACAAAACAUAAAAAAGCACCACCUUGUUGACAUGAUUCAUUUGUGCAUUUUCUUUUUGUUUUAAUGUCAUGCCCAUUUAAGCAUUACGUUUUGUUUGUGUAGCAGUGCUCAUUCCAUCGCACACCUACAUUUGCCUUGUUUUUAAUUGUAAGCACGUGUUCCGUCUUAGGUGAAAGACGUGAACACUGCAAGUUUUUGUAUCAUUGCGACUAAUGUCAGAAGUGCAUUUUUGUCGCGCCGGUGAAGCGAGACCCGGCCGGACCUGCGCACAAGAUUUUAUUUGCUCCUCGGUGAUGUUUUUAAGUCAUGAAAGCAUCAUUUUUUUUAUUGUUUUAGAGAGCUGCAGGUGGCAGUCAUAAUCUUAGUGGCCGUUUCACUUUUAUCUGCUGCGCAGGAGAGUGCCAAUGUCAGUAUUUAUGUAGAUGCAAUUCGUUGCUAUUGCAUGUAUGAAACUGUCGGUCUUGCAUUUUGGUCCGGGUGCAAAUUACCGAACCGGCAUGCAGCUAUGGCUGUUUCAGUACACAGUAAUGUAACUAAUAUAAAGAUGCAACCAGCCAAGAUGAUAGGCUGCAUAUCGCCCAUUAAAGCUAACGCUAUUCACUCCCGAUAAUACCUAUGGCUGCUUCCGCUUUUUUGUGUUCAGUAUGCACCAACAUGGAAUGGUCAGGGUGCAGAGUUGGUGAAAAUCAGUUAUGUGAAGGUUGCAGAGAGGAGGGUGGUCUAUUUGUUAAACUGGCUAUUAUUAAACUCUCAAAUUUUAGAAUUUUAAAUUUCGAAGCUUUUUUUUACUAGAACAGAUUAACAUGAGCGUUUUGGUGAGUUGGUUCAUCAGAAAAAAGUUUACAGCAUGGAAAAAGGUCUGAACGGAUGAAGGGAGGCGACACUAACACAGACUUGCCACUAAGCUGUAUUUCGAAAAAGACGCAUAUAAGUAGCGGAAAAAAAUUAUAAAAUUGCAAAAAGGAGAGAUGCAAGCAUUGCACGUGAAAGCACACUGGGGCAAAGUAUUAGGAAUAAAACUUGCAAGAGGGGACGACAAGGUUUUUGAAAAAAUAUUGAUUAUCCUAUCCUAAAGAAAUUAGCAUGCAUGUGUACCAUUGAGUAGAAUCCGUGAGCAGAUUUCGAAUGUCGUAAUUAGAAGGAAAAUGACAGAUUUUGACAUUGUAUUUAGGAAACUUAAAAAUACAAAGAAAUAGUUUUCGAAACUAUGUUGUUUUUUUCAAAAUUUCCACCUUAUAGGCUAAAGCCGGUGAUGUCGAAACAGCCGGUUAUUUUAUCAGAAAUAAUUUUUAAGCUUGGAAGGUAUAAAUGAACUUCCAGUAGCUGGCAUACAUCAAAUAAUUACAAUUCCAUGGAUGUUGAGAAAAAAAAAGCUUUAGCCUGUCGUUGAAUUGCUGCUAAAAAGAACUAUAUGAAGUUUGCUUGAAUAUGUAUAGAAACUUCCUAUUUACUUCAUCGAAACAACAGAGCGAAGAAAAUUUCAUUUGAAAUUUCGAAAACUUUUGUAAAUAAUUUUUCUUUAAAAAAAGGAGUAUUUCACCAUAAAAUAUCUUUCAAAACAUAAUUUGGGCUAUGAAUACUUCACAUUUUUUACAAGUUCUCGUAUUCGAGAUUCUCGUCCCUCCUAAAAGUCCGUGCUUGUCUGUGUUGCCCCCCUUUGUCCAUUCCUGUUUUUUCUGCACUGUAAAUUUUUCUAUGUAGAACGACUGAAAAAUAAAGCAAUAUACCUUUGUCAUAGGAAAAACAGCAGAAAGUAGUGUAAGCACUCAUAAGAGGGUUAUAUUCGCCAAUCCUGAAGUACCCAUAAGCAGCGAAUUUGAAAGUUUCGCAAGAUAGCUGCUCUAGUACGGAACAAUUGGUUAGCUGGUCUGGUACGGAACAGUAAUAUAGCUGGUCUGGUGCGGAACAGACUAUCCCACGUUGGAAGCUUCACUGAAACUGCCUGCGUAUUUUGUACAAAGCCACUUCUGCAGCUCUCAUGUAUGUAUGUACAAAUGCCCUUUUUUAAAAUAGUAACAUCACGUUUUUGUUGAAAAAGUUUUGCACCACAUAAUGUCCUCGUCGCUGCAAGACGCAACUUUUUCUUUUUCACGUUCACAGUAUACAGAUUUGCACAGUUUCAUUUCAAUGUUUGUUUUGUUUGUUCUCAAUUCCUCGUACUUUCCACGUACAAUGUGAGCCCAUCAAAAACCUUUUCGUGAUCCCAUUUGUGCAAAUGAACGAAAGGAAAAAGCGAGCACUAUUUAUUGGUAGCAAAUACGCAAUACAAAUGUGAUUUAAUAAAGGGAAAUGUAAUUUUAUGA